AUGGGCGAGGCGUCUUCUCUCACCCCGGAAGAGAUGCGGAAGUUGCAGGAGGCAACGGCUCUUUCCGAGGCACAAAUUCUUCGGCUGCACCAACGGUUCACGAUGCUUGACCGGGCUGGUCAGGGAACUAUUACGGCAGAGGUUUUCAGCUCUAUUGCCUCCGUGGCCUCAAACCCUCUCCUUGGGCGCGUAUUGAAAGUGUUGGAUUCAACUGGUGAUGGGAAAAUCGAUUUUGCGAAGUUUGCGAAGGCCCUGGCUGUUUUUUCCCCACAGGCCGACAAGCGGGAGAAGCUGCGUUUCACCUACAAGAUGUAUGACUUUGAUGGAGACGACAAGAUCAGCAACAGGGACCUCUUUGAGACUCUGAAGAUCAUGGUGGGAACGAACCUAACGGAGGUGCAGCUGCAGCAGAUUGUUGACAAAACGUUCAUUGAGGUGGACCUGAACCGUGACGGGUACAUUACGUUUGAUGAAUUUGAGCAGUUGACCCUUUUGAACAAUUUUGGUGAUCGCCUCAACCUUUCCUUUUAG